AAAGCAGAUUGCAUUUUUAUUGCAUUCUGUGCAUAUUUUUGAUACAUUAACCGGGUGCAUUAUUCUCUCCCUUGCCCCUUCCAUUAAGAUGGCUGUUGAAUACUAUGAUUUUGGGCCUCAUAAGAUCCACCACAGUUCAGUGUUCCAUACAACUGAUCUUUCUUUUGCCUUUGUCAACCUGCGUCCUUCUGUGCCAGGUCAUGUUCUUGUCUGUCCUAAGCGUGAAGUGAAGCGUGUUGCCGAUCUCAGCGAUGAAGAGAAUAUAGAUUUAUGGUACAUAGCUAAGAAACUUGGUAGGCAGCUAGAGAGUUACCAUAAGGCCUCAUCACUUACAUUUUGUAUCCAAGAUGGACCUCAGGCCGGGCAAUCAGUGCCUCAUGUUCAUAUCCAUAUUCUUCCCCGGAAAACUGGUGAUUAUGAGAACAAUGAUGACAUUUAUGAGGAUAUAAACGAAAAGGAGAAGGAGUUGAAUCAAGCACUUCAGGUGGAUAAAAAAAAGAGAGACAGGAGCAUUGAAGAAAUGGCUAUUGAGGCCGAUGAAUACAAGAAAUUUGCCUUUUGAUAUUUUUACGUGGCACCGAAAACAAAAAAGGAAGAUUACAAACUGAAAAUCUAUAUAAAAAUGUUUUCAUCAAUGGAACAUAAUUUGAUGGUUCUGUGUUUCAUAAAAAGCAUUUGCGUUGUCUAAGAAGUUCUGAAAAAAUAACGUGUUUGAAGUUUCCCCUGUUGUUCUUCAGCCUAUUUGGACAGUUUCAUGUAUGCACUUCUCUGAGAUAAUCAAGAACUUAUCAAGCUUUGGCCAAAAAGUUUUUUUUUUCUUCAUUUUAUUUCUCGAAGAUGAACCUCAAUACAAGUCAGAAAAAGUAUAAAAAUAGAAUUCCGAAAUAUGAUUUUAGUUUACUUUGUUCUAAAAGUUUCACCUACGAGUCAAUUCUCAAAAUUGUUGGUGUUCAAGAUGUGAAAAGAUAAGAUCUUAUCCUACUCAAAUCAAUUGUUACAACAUGAUAUGGAUUCCUAAAGCUUCAUGUAAAACUAUUGAGAUUGAAUAAAAACAGCAAGGGAAUAAAAUUGAGAAACACAAUCAUCAAUAAAAUACAGGUAUCGUAUUAGACCAGUGCAGAUUACCAAAAUCAAAUUCAAGAUUCAGAAUCAAUAGAAGAGAUUGUCAAAUCAUGUAGCAAGAUAUCUUCAACAACCAACCACACAAUCACUGGUUCUCUACCCUGCGAGAUGAAGAAAAUCCUCCCCAAAUGCAGGCCUCUGAUACGCUUGCAAACCCAGAAUGCCAAUGAGAAGCUCAAAUAGCUAGGAAAUGAUGGGAAAGAAAGAAGGCAUUAACAUGACCAUGUAGCUGAAACAAACUUUUUUAGUGGGGUUUUUAUUUAGAAUGCACUGGACACCGGUACCCAGUGCUUGAAAAUGAAUAAACACAAACACCAAAAUUUGAUGGAUUUCCUUCAUUAGAUACCUUCACGUGAUUCAUUGGUUGUCUUCCCUA